CCAAAAGCCACAGGCAGAACUGCGUCAUCUCAUUUCCAGCUCGCCCCCGUCCACUCCUUUCCUGCCCAACUUGAACUUUGGGACCCUGAUAUUCGCCCACUUCGACCUCUUCCUACUGUCUGUACUGUCCUUGCGAUGCGGCCGCGCCGCUGCUCAUGAAAGCUGUUUUCCAAUUCCAUAUCCUAGCCGUCACUCAUUUAGCUGUCAACCGAGCACCAUGAGUUCUGUAAACUGCACAAACCCUCCGGCGGAGACGCCAUCCAACGCCGGAAUAGCAGGCAUUGGUGUCAUCCUCGGAUUCAUCAUCCCCGCAGUCCUCGCCGUCGCGCUCUCCCUCUCCCUGAUAUUGCAGGAGUCCUUCUUCAACAGCCACAAGCCGGCCAUGGGCCUGAUACGGCGGAAGCUGCUGUACGGCUUCAGCGACCAGCAGAUUCUCUACGGCAUCGGCAUCCAAGCGGUUGGUCUCGCCCAGAUCAACACGCUGGUGCCGUACCACUUCUUCAUAAUCUGGAUGCUGGCCUUACUCUCUAUGGGCGUCCACAACCUGACCCUCCUCGUCCUCGUCGCCUCCUUCCGCUCCGACACGGUCCUCCGGUGGCUGCGCCAGGUCCUCAUGCUGGUCAACCUCGUGCUGAGCUGCGUGUACGGCAUCUUCAUGCUGCAGGUGGUGCACAAGGACCUGGAGGCCACCACGCUGCCGACGACGUGCGCAUGGCAGGUCGACGGCGGCAGGGCGGGCAACAUCGGGGUCUCGUACGCGGGCACCAUCGCCGUCAUCGCGGGCAACUGCAUCGUCUUCCUCGCGUCCACGUGGUACCUCCACGACAGGCGCCAGCGCGCCUUCAAGUGGGUGCAGCUGGCCGGCUGGGUCAUCAUGACGGCCAUCGCCGUCGGCGCCACGGUCCGCGUCAUCUACACGUCGCAGGCGUUCGGCCAGCCUACGACGCCGCUGUCGGACAUGGGGGAGAGGCAGUGGAGCUUUGCGACCAUGGUCAGUUUGUUGAUGCUGGCGUUGCCGUUGAUGACGGUGCUGGAGAUAUACAGAGGAGAGGUUCACGUGAACAGGGACGGUCUAGAAAAGGCAUGAUGAUGUUGAGACUGUCAAAGGAGUGAGCACCAUAUUUUACAUGAUUUGCAUAUAUACCCCGAAACCUGGCGCCUGGAAACAAUGAGACUGGACCGACCUCUAAAUUCAACUUCAAACAGCCCAAGUCCCGUCUGUUGGGAUUGUGAAGAGUUGGUAGUAAUGAGGAAUGUUCGACUUUAUACCUAACGGUACACUAGGGCAAUAAUACCUUGGCUUGAAUCAUAUGAUUAUAACUGUUUCAACAGAACUGAACUUCGUGAAGUCGCUCAGUCGCAUAAACUCCUCAUCACACGCGGGAGCAUCAACUAGAAAAACACCCACUCGGCACCAUUUUGAAUCAUUUGCACUGAGAAGCAGCAGACCGAAUGGCCUCCUUUCCGGAUCGUCUUGCCGUUGAGAUGUUCCAAGCAGCACCCAUUUCCACCCCUCAGAAUCUCUGCGGAAGUCAUUCUCCUUCAAGUCGUAGUCCACCCAUACACAGCAGGAAAACCCGCGGCUUUUCCGUCCUAACAUGCGCGCCAAAACACCCUUUCGCCGGAAUCUGACGGUCCAAUACUCCCUCCGGUACGGUCCGUGUCCAUAGCCACCUGGUUCGACCUUGGUGAGUUCAACGUUCGUUGCAGUCUGAAGACACAUGGUGUGAGUGCGCACUUCAAGCUCGGCAUUUCGUAUCGCUCCAAAUGGGUUUUGACCAGCCUGGCUGAUAUAUGCACGCAGCUUGACUGUCUCCUUUACCGGAUCCCACAUGCUUUCGCCCAGGGGACGCGAAUAGCCCUUCCCCAGUUGGCUCCAGGAUGGAACGAUGUAAGGCCUGGGCGAGCAAGCAAGAUCAAUAUGAAGGGCAAGGGGGUCUUUCGAGGGCUUGUCACUACACCACAUGAGACUUCGAUAGAGAUCUUUGUGCCAGUGUCCCGCAUAAUAGUGGUCUUUGGUCCGACGCCCAAAGUAGGCUGCUAAACCCGAUAAAGCGGGUAGAAGGUCUGUCGGUUGAGUGAAGGAGUCAGCGGUGAUUAAACGAUACUCGUUCAACACUUUGACCCAGUCAAAAUAAUUGUUCGACAACUCGCUGUAUGGAUGUCUGGCUUUUGUGAUAAAGAAGCUGCGGCCCCUAUAGCCUUGCGGCGAUGGAUUGUACGGGCAGGAAAACCGCACGCCGGAUCUCCCAAAUGUGAUCAUGCGCGUAGACAAGAUACGCUCCUGGACAGCCCAGCCUCUAAAGGCCAAACGGCUGUCGUAUAUAUCGCUGUAGUAGGUUGUAGACAAA